UGCUCUCUACACAACCGGCGGCAACGAUUUCCAAGUUCGGCCAUCACACACAGCAGCUCUGCAGCAAUUUCUUCAGGGGAAAGCUCUGCAGUUGCCUAUACACAAACAGACACCAAAGCGCGCGUUGGGCCUUGGCCCAUCAUCCAGGCCGCCCCCACCUAGGGUUGCGAAAGGAGGAGAGAGGUUGUAGAUCGGAGAUGAGCCGGAUGCUCCUCCCUCUUCGCGCCGUCGCCGCCAGAGUGGUGUUCCAGUAGAUUCCACAAUCCGCAAUCAAAUCGUCUCGUUUUGGACGUGCUGCCGUCCGACUUCGACCCUCUUUCAGUUUAGAUUUUACAAGGAGUUCAAAUCCUUCUCGAUUAAAGUCUCCUACUUGUCCCGAACAACGGCGCUAUAAAUCUCCGAGUUUGCGCCAACUCCAGGACCAGACCACCGAUUCCUUCGAUAUAUCAGUUUUCAGACGAGACCAACAACUCACGAGUCAUCAAGGGCCAGAUUUAGCCUCGGAAAAUCAACGCGGGGGCCAUGGCGGAAGACUGCGGAGAUGAUAGAAUCAGCACCUUGCCCAAUGACAUUCUGCUCAAUAUUCUUGACCGACUCCAUGUCUCGGACGCUGCAAAAACCAGCAUCCUCUCCAGGCGUUGGAGUCAGCUUUCCGCCAAGCUCCCCCGACUUAUAAUAAACCCUCUGCCUGAGGGUGUGUUAAGCCUAUUUGGAAGAGAUGAGUCACGCGCCAACAUCUCUGAUGGUGAUUUGGCUCGGCUCAAUGCAGCUACUUUCAAAGCGACAAAGAGUGUACUAGCACGCAGAGAUCCAGGCCAAGACACCAUCCGCCUCCUGUCUACGAUGUUCUACUUGAUAGGUGAUGUCCCCAUAUCCAUUGGACAUGUUGUUGGCGAGGCCAUGGCGGUACACCAGAUUGAGAAAGCUGAAUUCACAAUUUUGACAGUGAAGGGCCGCGAUCAUUGCACACUUAAUGAUGUGGUGAACUAUGGGAAACAGUUUGUGCCCUUUUUUAAUGAGUGUCGGAAUGCGUUUACUCGUUUGACACGACUCUACUUGGAGAAUUUGAGAUUUGCUGAAUCUGACUUCGUCUCCAACAUCUUCGUCACUUGCAAGCUAUUAAAAUAUUUAGGACUUUUCAAUUGCGACACAGAUAACUGGAUAACACUCCAAAUUGAACAUGCACAGCUCAGGGAACUCAGUCUUGUCAAUUGCCGUUUUGACAAAGUCGAACUCAAGUGGCUACCAAAAUUGACCCGGACAACCUACAAGUUUUGGAUGUCUUUCGAAGACCUACCGUUGUCAUUUGGUCAUGUCCCAUUGCUUGAGUUUUUGCACCUUACAACUAUUCAUUUUAUCUAUCACAAAAUGGUUAGGCUAAGUACAUUACUUUCAGAGAUAUGUGUACAAGAUCUGCGGUUGGCGUUUAAAUGUGAAAAGAUUUGGGUUCAACCAGAGCCUCUGACCGAAAGGCUGGCAGCUGCAUUCCGCGGACUAAGGAUUGUCAAUCUUGUCUUGAUUCCUGAAGGGCAUGAUCUCACGUGGACAAUGUUCAUUCUGGAAGCUGCGCCAUGUCUAGAAGAGUUCUACAUGUCGGUAAUCGAUCAUCUGUGUGAAAUGGAGUAUCAUCCAGUAAGGAGGAGGCAACACUUGUAUAGCGCGGAGCAGAAGGGCGUAGAGUGGGAAUCACCUAGAUCAGAUUUCCAGCACCGCCGCCUUACCAAGCUCAUCAUCUUCUGCUUUGGGAAUUACAUUGUGAGUCAUCUCAGGCGUGUCAUGAAAGUAGCGGUGAAUCUGAUGGAUGUGUACCUGUACGACAGAGUGGCAUGUCGCUACUGCAAACACAUAAACCCUCUAAACCCUGGUAGGCUUCCACGGAACAAGAAGAAGUUGAAUGCAAUGAGGAAUCUAUUGACGCAGGAUAUACAGUCACCUGCCAGAAUACACUUCCUGACCCCUUCUCCUGAAAUGGAUGCUGAUCAUGCUGAAAGGUCACCGGAGAGUUUUCGUUAAAACUCUCUUCGUCUGCCUGAAAAGAUAGCUGAAGCUAAAGGUUUUUCUGGAAGUUUAUGUAAUACCGGUUGGUUGGAGUACUAAAUGACUUUGUGUGGCAUUUCUGGGGAAGUUUAUGUAAUACCGGUUGGCCGGAGUACUAAAGGUUGAUAAGAAGGGUCUGCCGCAGCCAGUGAGCCAGAAGCAGCCCCGGACGACUCCUCGGCGACUCCCCGCGGCGCAAUUCGGGGAGACCCUCGCUCAUGGGGCGGAGGCGGCCCGCCGGCUAUGGGUUAGAACAGAUCUUUACCUCGGCGCGAACCAUUUCUGCCUCCUCAUCUCUCCCGAGAGGCGGCGAAAAAUAUCUCAACGUGUCAAUCCUCAGAUGACAUUUUUACAGUAAAUAUUAUCUUACGAAAAUAUUCCAUGAGCCUCAUUGUUUUCAGAUCUGAAAGUUUUAGCAAGGAACA